GGGACACGGAUGAAACCCACUGAACUUGGCCAAAAUCACAAAGCAUAUACUUUUUUCUCUCUUUCUCUUUUUGCUCUAGACUUUGCACAAUGAAAGGACACACAUAAUUUUAGGCAUCCAAGUCAAGGCUUUGUGAGGAUUCUUUUUUUUUUUUGGUAACUAGUUAAAGAACUGCUGCUCUUCUCUCAAAGACAAUCAAGGCAAUCUCUAAAUCUAGGCUGGGAUCUUACAGCAUCCGGUGGUACACAGGGAGAACCUAUAUCCUUGCAAGUCAUUUGCCUUCUUUCAGAGCAAAAAAAGAAGCAAUAAUACUCAGGUUAUCAUGGGAAUUCUCACUCAGGUUUUGCUUCUAGCUUUGACCUUUGUACCACAAGGGCUUAGCCAAUAUGAAGGUUAUGACGAUGACACAGAUUAUGGCCCUGAGCCAUAUCCUGAAUAUCACCCACCAUUUCAUCAUAUUCCACACAGCAUGGACUAUGUCCCAAGUAUUCCUUACUCUACUGACUGUGCUAGGGAAUGUUACUGCCCACCGUCAUCAAUACUCACCAUGUACUGCGACAACAGGAAACUCAAGACUGUUCCCCAGAUACCAAGCCGCAUUCAACAACUCUACCUACAGCACAAUGACAUUGAAGCAAUUAACAAAAAAUCAUUCAUUAAUGCCACUUCUCUAAGGGAAAUUAACCUGAGCCACAACAAACUUAAAUCUCAAAAAAUCGAUAAUGGUGUGUUUGCUACGUCUCCUCAUCUACAUCAAAUAUUAUUAAACAAUAAUGACUUAGAAGAGAUCCCAUCUCCCUUUUCCAGUUCUGUUGAAAGGAUCUUCCUUGGUUCAAACAAGAUUAACAAACUAAAAGAACAAGAUCUGCAAGGCUUGGCCAAUGUUACCAUGCUUGACCUUUGCAACAAUCGUAUUGACAAUGUUAGGGGAAAAACUCUGAGCAAACUCACUAAUUUGAUGCAGCUCAACAUCUGUAACAACAAACUGUUAUCCAUGCCUGCAAACCUUCCACCAUCCCUCAUGUACUUGUCACUGGAGAAUAACUCCAUUUCCAAGAUCCCCGACGACUAUUUUACAAAGCUUACGAAUCUAAUUUCAUUUCGAAUUUCACACAACAAGCUUGAGGAGAUUCCUAUGAACAUGUUUAACCUUCCCAAACUUAUGGAACUGAACCUGAGUCAUAACAAACUAAAGCGCAGCUUCUAUAUUCCGCGAUCACUGGAACACCUGUAUCUUAAUGACAAUGAAUUUGAAAUUUUAAACAUAACUUUGAUGUGUCCGGUAAUGGAUCAAAUGCAUCGCCUGACCUACCUCCGCAUGGACCAAAAUAAAUUGAAGGGACCUGUAAGCACAUUAGCGUUCCUUUGCUUUCCCCACAUUCACAGCAUUUACUAUGGUGAACAAAAGCGUGGUGCUGGUGGCAGUCCCUACACACGAAUUCCGCAAUUCCCACUGCCAGAAGAGGAGAGGUAUGGUCAGGAAUAUGAUGAUGAUGAUGAUGAUGAUUUUCCACAGUAUCAUAGAGAAGAGCAUGGACCAGUAGGAGAAGAAACGGAGGAAGAAGAAGAGAAUGACUUUAUUGAUUAUCCAUACUAAGGGUCCAAAUCCUCUGUUGGUUAUUUUAAUUUUAAAAGGUUUAAUAAACCUUUCUCCUUUGCGCUUCAUUUAAAGCAUUAUCUUGAACUAUGAAAUGUAGAAAAUAUAAUAAUCAACCUGGUAAAUAAACAGGUGCAUAAAUUAUUUUAGCUAUAUGAGCAGGUAGGUAAGCCAAUGUGACUUAAUUGCUUACUCCAUCACUGCUGAUGUAAGGGCAGGGAUAUUCCAGAUGUUUUCUUACAAUGUUCUAGAGUGAGGAUACUCUGUUAGCCUAACGUAAAAUGAAAUCGGGAAAGUUGUCCCCUUUACUAGAGGGAUUGUGCAGUCAAAUCAAGACAUACAUUGCCUUACCAGCAGAGUCACUUAUAUACGCUCGUUUUGGAAUGCCAUGAUUAUCUGGUCAGAAUAUCACUGCAUUCUAAGUAUCUAGUGUGACCAAGGGCUAGGUUAACAACAGGGCAGUUGGGACUACAACUUCAGGCCGCCAUUUAGAAAUAGACCCAUCAUCAUGACAAUAUUCUGAUCACCAGCCGUCCAGUUGGCUCCAUGAUUGGCCAUUACUCAUAAGUGUUACAACUGUAUUUCUAACUUCCUCCCAAACUGAUGCAAUUUUCCUGCUUUUACGUAUUGUAUUUAUGGAGACAUUGGGGCUGAUAGUAUAAGGGGUGUGCAUGCACACAAUGCAUUGGUCACACCCACACAGAAUGCGUCACAGCUUUUCUACAUAUCACAAUAGGCCCUUGAUCAUUUUCAGCCUGAGACCCAUGUUGCCCUUUAUCCUUGCACAAAGUAUCUGCCCCGAAGGGGCACAUGGGCUCUAUUUAUAUAGAUAGCCAAAGACUUUCUUUUCCUGUAAGUUGGAAUUGAUGACAAUAUUACAAUUAAAAUAUAUUUGGAUAUUAAAGGAUAUUGUUUGUAACACUCUCCUUGUGAGUAGCAAAACAGAAAGUGCUCUUGUCUUAAAUCCUAAAACUACAGAGACAUAUAUCUGCAAAGUUUCUUCUCUUCAGGUUUCAGUGCCUUUUAAGGGGCAUGUGACUAGGUUGGCAAGACAACGGCACAACUUAGAUAACAGUGUUAACUAGGACAUGAUUAAGGGUCCUGGACGCCCUAGACUAACAUACUUGUAACGCCCCCAGUAAUGUUACAUACUCAACAUAGAGCACAGUGUGUAUGCAUGCUCAGAAAAUCGGCAUGUGCAAGUAAUAAUGGUGUGAUCUCGAUAUCUACUGAUCUAAUGAGGUUUGUGAAGUCUAAGGUAGAUGCGAGGAAGAACAAUAAUCACAUGCAUCUCUUCAGGCUACCCAGAUGGUGCUGGGGCACAAAAUUAACCUACAGGUUUUAGCAGUAAGUUAUAUGGUCACAUCGCCAUAGCCAUCUUGAAGUCACUUUAAGAACUUCCCCUCCAAACUGAUUUUGUACGGCCAGAUAACUAACAAGCUUCUAUAAUUAAACUAUGCGGCCGCUGCCAACACGGAAUGAAAUAGGUCUUCAUUUUCUUGCUCAGCUGCAUGGUGCCCCUCCUCUCAACCUAACUCCUGGUGCCCGAGGUUGCAGCAUAAUUAGCCUAAUGGUUGAUCAGGCACUGGUAGUACAUAUCCAAUUUAUUGCCACUGACAAGAUGGCGCACUUCAUAUAUCUCUGUAAAUCAUCAAUGCCUGGAACAUAAAAACUAUGUAGGCCCACUAUUUGGGAGGAGGGACCAUCACCGUUACAUUUUUAAGAGACAUGGGCUAGUCUUAAUGGUGGCCAUUUCCAUGGGCCCUGUUUCUGCUGUAAAAUUAUGUGAUUCGCGAUGAAUCGUGGCAUUAGACUGUGGGACGUGGCAGCGAUAUUGUGACUUAUAGAACCACACACCUGCCGUACACACCAGGACAUCCCCCCUUGAAAUAUCUCCCAGAGCAUAGGUGGGAAAAGCGGGUAAUUAUGACACUAACACUGGCACUUAAGUAAAACAUAACUCAGUAUAAAAUCUGAAGUUUGCCAUUUUGUAAAAAUUCUGUCCUCAAAAGAGAAAAUACCUUACAUUCCAUAAGGUCCUGCCACAACAUAAUAAUUUAUUAGAAAUGAACCCCCAGCUGCAGACAGUACAAAAUCUGAUUUACAUAUUUUAAAUAUGUUUUGAUGUGACAUGCACAUUUACCGCUAAUGCACUUGAUGCUUAUGAACAGGAUCAUUGCCUCAUUUGUCACACUUUCCUCAUGUUAGAAGCCUCCUGAUCUAGACAAUACAUGGCACUCAUUGCAAGUAUGAUCCAGCACAGCAAAGCGACAAAUGUCCUACUUUAAAUAUAUAUCGUAAUUAUAGCAAAAUGUGAAUUAAAAGUAGGUAUCAGCUUUCACUGCACUGUCUGUAUAGAACAUACUGUAGGACUUACUGCAAUAUGGAGAGCACACACUUAUGUAAUCAAAUACGUUCCAAUUAUUGAAACUGCAAAAGGUACAGCUUCUUGAGAACUGUACAUUACCCUGGUUAUACUUUUGAACCCUGCAAUCUUAUUCAUGUAACACUACUUUCCUUUGUCAGAAUAUACUCUAAGCACCACACACACACACAGAACAGAUGUUAUACACACACACAAGUUUAUAUAAACACUUCUUUGGCAUGAACUGUGGUUUACAUUAACUCGUUUUACACAUCUGUGAAGACAUCCUUUCUAUAUACUUUGAUAAGGCUAAUUUUUGUAAUAAAGCUUUGCAUGGAGUAAUGCUGAAUUGAUGUGCUAGAUAUAAUAUAUUAAAGUACUACAAUGUUAAAUAUUUUGAAGAUAGAUUUCCCUAAAGUAAUAAAAAAUGUGUGCAACCCAAUUGUGUCUUCAUCCAACACAUACCUAGCCUACAGUAUUCCACUAUUAAAAAUGAAUAAACAUUUUUAAGAAAAUGUCAAUAGUUUAAUCAAUAUUGCAAUUUAUGAUUGGACCUCCCAUUCUCACACACACACACACACACACACACACACACACACACACACACACACACACACACACACACACACCAUGGUCAAUAAAUGCUGGUUGAUCAAAUUUAUUUGCAGAUUCUUUAUGACAGGGAAUUGGUAAUGCAGCUUUAAAGAUCUAUUAUCCUAUUCCUGCAACACGU